CAGUACUGGCAGAAAAAGAGGCUACGACACUUAAGAGCCACCUUCAGGCAGCUAGACAGUCGCUGCACUUUACGGAUACUUUAUACCACGAUUCCGACAUGGACAAAAAUGAUUACACGCCUUUGGAACUUGAACUUGCCGCUAAAGACAAAGAUAUUUCUCAACUCGUAGAAGAUGUUCAGAAACUGCAGUCUACCAUUAACAAGCUGAAAGAAACAAGUGCCUAUCAAAUUGCUCAACUUGAAGAAGUUUUAGCAGACAAGAACAAAGCCAUCCAACUUUUAGAGGACAAGCUUACUAAACAACAUGACUAUGAAGAAAUGAAGAAGGAAUUAAAUGUAUUGAAGUCAAGUGAACUACCUAACAAUACUUGUCCAGAGAAUGACAGCAGUACAAAGGAGAACAAUAAGAUACUCAAACCACUAGAUGGCCUAUUGAUGGAGAACGACAAAGCAUUACAAUCAGAAAAUGCUACAAAUAACACAGUUCACACUGGUUCAACAGGUAAUAUUCAAAAUCCUCUAGAAAAUGCACUACCACCACCACUACAAAAUGUUAAGGUAUUCACUUCACUACUUGGAGAAGAAAUUGUGUCCUCCUAUGCCAAAAUAUUCAAGAAAGAUGAUAGUUUAUAUACUCACAACAAAUCUAAAUCACUGGAGACCUCCACAUCCUCAGCAGCUCCUACUCCUUCACAAGCUUUGACCUGUUCAAAGUCCAACUUAAUUAAGGACUCCUUUAGACAUAAUGUGCCCCACUGCAAUACUCUAGAAAAACUUCAAGAAUGCCUCCGAAAGUGUAUGGAAAAAUAUGCAAAUGAAUCAUUAAACACACUUAGCAUUUCCCGUGGUGUUCGAGAACUGUUGAGUGUUCACAAUAUUGGACAGCGCUUGUUUGCGAAGUAUAUCCUUGGCCUCUCUCAAGGAACAGUAAGUGAGCUACUUUCAAAGCCUAAGCCAUGGGACAAACUAACAGAAAAAGGAAGAGACUCCUAUCGCAAAAUGCAUGCAUGGGCUACAGAUGACAGUUGUAUUUAUAUGCUGAAAACUUUAGUACCCAAGAAAGGAAAAGAAUCUGAGCUUCCAACAUGCAGGCCGGAGGACCCAGCCGCUAAAGAUCGGAUCACUCAGAUUCUGAAUGAGGCUCAGCAAGCCAUGUUAAUUCCCACAAAAGAUGAAAAGGAUCCUGUAGUUUAUAAUGGAAACAUGAAACAUUCUCCUGACUGGAAAUCACAAAAUGGAACAUCUCACAAACAAGAAGAGGAAGGUCGAGAAGAAGGAGGUAUUGAAUUGGAUAGAGAGGGUAACAGACAACAGUUCUUUCAGAACAACAUUUUUUACAAAGAAUAUCCACACAUUAAUAGUUCCAGGCAAUCUCAUAGGCAAGACAGUGAUGACAUUUCACAGGAAAUGAUUACACGGAUCUAUCAGGAAGAAUUGGCAAAAUUAAUGUGCCAAAGGAUGGAAGAUGGAUUUUGUGUGCCAAGGGAUCAGUUUGAACGAACUCAAGAUGAAAUUCGUCAAGCCCUGAACAUCUACUAUCAAGAGAUAUCCCGUCUAUCACAACUAAUUCCUCACUCCAUGACAGAUCUUGUUAACCUAGGCACGCCAUCAAAUCUUGUUAAUGGAUCCAUGCACUACCCCACAUUUCCUAGUUUUUUACACUCUAUUAAUAUGAACAGUCCACACUCUCGCUGUGAUUUACAUUUUGAUGCAUCAGCUCAACCCACCACCUGGACAAAAAAGCUGAAUGCUAGCUCACCUUCUGAGUCAGAAGAAUCUCAUCAUCACGGAAGUGCUUUUUCCCUUGUAAAACCCAAAACUGAGCCCAGUAGUGCAACUCCCAAAACACCAAUAUCAUACCAUCCUACUUCAAACUCUUCAUCUACUCCACCUACUCCAUCAGUAUCUAUGGCUGAAACUUCAGGACUGAGGGAAGACCUCAACUCUACUGUUUCUCCUCUCCAAAGGAUGCAAUCAAUUACAAACUCCUUGCUGACCCAGUCAACACUGCCAAUUUCUUCUAACCAUCCACAGCGUCCAGCCAGGGCUGUGCUGCCACCUAUCACCCAACAACAGUUCGAUCAGUAUAAUAACCUGAACACAGAAGACAUUGUUAAAAAUGUUAAGGAACAGCUCAGCCAGUAUUCCAUCAGCCAGCGCCUGUUUGGAGAGAAUGUAUUAGGACUGUCCCAGGGCUCUGUGUCUGACUUACUAGCCAGGCCAAAACCAUGGUAUAUGCUUACUCAAAAGGGAAGAGAGCCUUUCAUCCGAAUGAAGAUAUUUUUGGAGGAUGAGAAUGCUACUCAUAAACUUGUUGCUUCUCAGUAUAAAAUUCCACCAGAGAAGUUAAUGCGUACAGGUGCUUAUCUUGGAAAUAAGACCACACCAGGGUCAAGUAAGAUAUCUUCUCAAACUUCAGAUCCUAGUGUUUCUCAACAUCUACCAAAGGAAAAUAGCCAUCAUUCUCUUUCUACAAGUUUUGCACCUUCUGCACCAGUAGAGCCAUGUCAAUCUCCUCCAAAAACUGUAGAAAGCCCCUUGGCUGUUGCAAGCAGCAACGUAACACAUUGUAGCAUCACCACACACAGCAUUAACUCCAGAAAGACACUUCAAAACUCCCGCCCCGUGCCCUACUUGCAUCCUUCUGUAUAUGAAAUGGCAGCAAUGACAACAGAUCUUGAUACUCAGUCUAUAACAUCCAAAGUAAAGGAAACUCUCUUGGCUCACAACAUAGGCCAGAAGAUUUUUGGUGAAGCCAUUUUGGGCCUAUCACAAGGGUCAGUCAGUGAACUACUGUCCAAACCAAAGCCUUGGCACAUGCUCAGCAUCAAAGGCCGUGAACCUUUCAUCCGCAUGCAGUUAUGGCUGAAUGAUCCUCAGAGUGCUGAAAAACUACAGGCAUUAAAAAAUGACAGGAGGGAAGCUAACAAGCGAAAAAGAAAUUUUAUCGACGUCCAGGAAGUUAGCAGCUCGCAUAAGGAGAGCCAAAUCCUCAAUUACGGACUCCCCCCACCUUCACCGUAUUCAUCAACCAAAAAACCACGAAUCCUCUUCUCUGAGGAGCAGAAGGAGGCUCUUCGUUUGGCAUUCUCUAUGGACCCCUACCCCAGUACCGCCACCAUAGAAUUCUUAGCAAGUGAGCUAAACCUAUCUGUUCGAACAGUUACUAACUGGUUCCAUAACUACCGUAUGCGGCUUAAACAGCAAGCGUCGCCAACAGGCCAGCAGAAUGAACAGAAACCAAAUGAUAACAACAUCUCCAUGCUCGCAGUAAAAGAACCAAGCACUGGUUUUGAUCCUCUCCAGUUUCGCUUUCUAUUGAAUGGUCGACUAGCUGAGAUAAGCAGGGAGAAAGGAAAGGUUCCAAAGAUAUAUGACAAUUACAGAAACUGCUCCCCAUUUAACACCCAGAACGAGAACUCAGGGACUUUAGACUUGAGCAUGUCUAGUCAACACUUUCCACGAAGUGGUGGCAGUAGCUGUAGCAGUUUUCAAUCUGGUCCUUUUGAGACCACUUGUAGAAGCCCAGAUGACCACUCAACAAGUGACAUAAACGAGGAUUCUAACUUUUCUCAGGAUCGAAUAGUUUCAGAAAAUAGCGAUCGAGAAUCAGUAGAAGAACAACAACAACAGUCACCUUCUCCGUAUAGUCACCAUCUGAAUCAGGGUAGUUUAAAACGUACACUUGCUACUUGUAGUAGUAGCAACAGGAGAAAACCUGCCAUGCCCCAGUGGGUGAAUCCAGAACUGGAAUAUUCCCCUGACAGUGAUGUUAAAAGCGAUGACGACGAAGACACACAUAAAGAUAACACUGAAAAAGGGGAAAUCAUUAACGGUGUUUGUGUACGACAGACAGGAGACUUCAGUGUUCGCUUAUCAAAACCAGAAAAUACAAUUGAGGUGGAGCCUGUCCCAGCUCCUGAUAACAAAAAUGACCUUUCUCAAAACUGUUUGGAAUUAGGGAAUAAGGGAGGCUGUACGUCAAGAUAUCAAACUGUUGACCAAGAAGUCAACUGUGAUAGCCAGGAAUCUAUUAAUAGCUCUGGGUGCAUAGAAGACUGGAAUGAAGAAAAUGAAUAGGGAGAUUAAAAAAAAAGUAAAAAAAGUAGAACAGAAAGAAAGCUGUGAGAUACCGUUUUGAUUUAAUUGCUGUCAAAGCAAAUUCUACUUUAAGUAGAAACCUUAUUUUGGGUUCCGAACUCCACACAAGUAUUUGUCUCAUUUUGGUAUCUGUAUGUGUUCAACACAACGGAACCAUAAACAGUAUUCAUUACCAAAUAUGUGUGUUUCAAUGGAUAUCUAAUCUUAAAUAUGAAAAAUUGCCCACACAGACUUACGUAAUUAGACUGUAAUUAUGCGAUUAGAAACUAACGAAGAAAUUUAUUGCUGGUUCCUCAACAUUCGAAGGGAAAGAACCAAGUGCAACUUUAUUGUGAUAGAGUCCUCUUCAGCCUUUAAACUAGACACUCCAGUCCUUGGCCAAAAAAAGAAGAGGGAGACUUAAAACAAUUAAGCUGUAUCUUCUCUAUGAAUUACCAACUUUUAAUUACAUCCACCUAGUGGGAACCUACACAUGUACAAUAAACUUUAUUUCAUUCAAUGACGAGAGGUAUUACGGACAUUUUUGUAUGUGUUCUCCAGCUAGUAAUGUGUAAAUGACUUACAAAUCAUGCUAUAGCCAGUUGUAAAUAGCUGAAAUUGUGGUUUGAGCUAGAUUAACACGUGCGUUCUCUACUGAUCUUACUGUUACUUUGAAAAUAUCUAAAAUUUUAUUAUUUGAAAUGAUAGCUUUUUGUGUGUUGAUUGAGUUUUAUUUCAUUAGAGUUUUAGUAAUAAAACUCUGGUGUAAAGAGUUUGGUGGGUAAUAUCUGUGUGUAUUUAAGCAUUUGGUUUUAUUAUCUGUGCAUAAAAAAACACCACGUGGGAACUGCACAAUACCCCUUAAUAUAGUUGUUUUAAGGUAUUAUAUAGAAUACACUGAAAUUGCACAGAUUAUAGGUGUGGAUGCCAAGAUGAGAAGCAUAAUUUGUUUUUAUCCGUUGUGGGAUAACCCUGAAGAUGACAAUGUAUGAAACGGGCGAGAGUUUCGGAUUGUUAUGUCAUUUUCAACUGUGUGUUUGUUCAAACGCUUGAAUGGUAUCAGAACAUUCAAAUUAGUUUCACGUUCUAUUUCUUCUAGACGUGAUCAAAAUUGGUGUGAUCAAAAUAUAAUACCGGUGUUUAUACUGCUGUUAUCACGUUGCCUUUUUUGUCAUUCGUGAUUGUGCUAUUUGAGACAGACAUGUCGUGUGUAAUCUUAGUUGUUUUCUCCUUCUUUUUAUUUUCAAAGUUUGCAGUAUUGAUAAUAAACUAGUCCACUGUCAUUUUCCGCCGUGUGGUGUUAAAACUGUUUCAUUUUUCACGUAAUUAACCUGAUUCAGUUCGUUUAUUUUGAUAUUGGACUGUGCUGUAUACCAAAACAUUUGUCUGAUUGUUUGUUUUUCCUUCUUCAUCUCACUUUAAGGAAUUUCUGAACAAGGCUUUUAAGGGCGCAUCGUUAUUAAGACGUCCACAAGGCCGCCUAAUUUUAAUGUUUAUAAAUACAGGGUCAGAUAGAAGUCUUUCUCGUGUAUUCUGUUGUUUGAAAAUUUCUUAUUUAACGUGUACGAAUUAUUGUUAGAAAUAUUUCCAAUGACAGAUCUGAAUCCAUUUCUUUUUAUAUUUAGAACUUGUAAAUACAUGUUUGCCCAAGGAGACAGUUAUAAGAAGAAGAAAAAAAAGAAGAGGAAUGAUAUACGCGAAUAUUUAAAAAUUUGGCUUCAGCGGUUUAACGGUAUAGAAAUAUUAUUUGUAAUUUAGCAAAUCACGAACUAGUUGCAGGGUCUGUGAAAUACUGUAUGCUCUAUAUAUAUAUAAUUUCAAUAAGCACACAAUCCUGAUGUUUUCAUUUCAUUGCUAAGAACUCAUUUGUACAUUAAAUUGCUUUAAAUAUUUAUUAAAAAGUCAGACAUGAGUUUAAAUCCUCUUGAAAGGAAAUUGUUUGACUUAUCUUAACGUUGGAGUGAAACUUUGCUGUUGAUGAGCAAGUUGGCUUGCACUCAUAAAUUGAAGAAAACUUAAUCAAAUUUUACACAAGAAACCCAUAACAAAGAAACAAACACUGAAUGUAGGAAUUACUUUGUCAAGUUCCUGAACACGUUGAUGUAUUUAUACUUAGACUGUACGUAAAGUCCACUUUUGUUCUGAAUGCAGUUUUUACAGUACGACUGGCCAUGAUGCUCUUAUAGAAAGAGGGAAUGACAAGUUGUUUUUAUUUCGUUUAUGUGAGGAAUUCGCAAAUAAAAAACAGUUGGAGUUACGUAUUCUCUUUUUUUUUUCAGAAAUGAAGUUAUGUUGGUUGUUUUGAUGAAUCUCGCGAAGUACUCGUUUGUUUGUUUUUUCGUAACUGAUAGAAGAUUACUUACAUUUUUAAAUUAUAAAACGAGAUUUUUUUCUCAGUUUAAUUCUCAAUCCCAAUCCAUCAUUCUACAGAUUCUUAGAUGUGUUUGAGGUGUUUAGUGUAGCUUCUAAUUUUCGGCUUGAUUUACCUUCCAAAAGUGGCUCAGUCUGAUAACAUAUAACGCUAAAAAUCGAGUUUCAAUACCCAUGGUGGGCACAGCACAGAUAACCCAUUGUGUAGCUUUGUGCUUUAUAAAAAAAAUAUUAAAGAUAAAUAUUAACAUUUUCAAAAUACAAUUGUUUAGGGCACAUUUUUCUCGAGCAUUAUGAAAAAGCAAGUCUUAACACGCCAUUGCAGCACGUUAAAAAAGCCAGGGUUGCAUCAUACAAAACCUAAGUUUAGACAAGGAGUUGGGUAUAUUGAAAAUGUUUGAUCCCACUGAUACUCGCAGUAUAAUGAUGCCUGAAAUGUGGUUGUAAUUCGAACGUCUUCGUAUCCAAUGGAAACUGUAUUACAUUACCAAAAUAAGUGCCGUAUAACAGACCUGUUAAGGCUGUUGAUUAAUUAACAUCUUAGAGAAUACCUUUAUAGUGCGAUAGUUUGAUUGAUUGAUUAUCUUGGUAAUUUGUUAAAAAGAUAAAUGGCUAAAUAACAAGUUUAAUCGGUGUCCGAACGACGUUUCAAUGAUAGUUACAUUUGUUAGUGUUAGAAACUUGUUGCAGUGUUCGUUGUGAUGUAUAUAUGAUGAGGGCAGAGCCACAGAUCUAUUAUAAUAAUUGAACAGCAUCAAAAUCAAGUUAAGUAACCGUUUCGGAAAGUUCUUCUUCUCUUUACAAUAGGUGGUGUAAGGAAGGUAGUUGUCCUAGGAUCACCGAAAGAACCACUAAACGUUUACAAGUUUAUAUGUAUAUAUUUAUAUAUACAUAAAGGUAAAACAAUAAGAAAAACGGUAAAAGAAAACCUGGCAAUGACAAAAAAUAAUAACCCAAUCCGGUUCAUUUCUUGGAACCGUUUUUAGGCUGAUACGUAAUAAAAACAGCUUUAAAAUGUAUAGUGAAUGUACGUGUGUCCGUGUUUGUAAAAGUAAUAAUACAUCUGUCGUUGAAAACAAUAGUGACACACAGUGUAAUAUUUAGAAUGACAACAAUUGAGAAAUACUUAGGGUAAUCGUUUUUCAACAAUAUUGAAUACUUUUAGAGAUGAGUUUAUUUUGAAGAGACGGAUUUGAAAGCUUGCUCAGUAAAUGUUGAAUAUGAAGAUAAAAUCCCGAUUGUGAUAAUAUUGUUAUAUUUUAUCAAUAAUUUACUUAUGUUAUGAAAUUAAAACACAAUAUUUGGCAGUAUUUUGUUAGGGUUUAGGAACCGCCUUGAUGAUAUUAUGAUUCUUUUUAAAAAUACAGUUUUGCUCCAGAGGGCCAACCAGCAUUGCAUUUUCCUGAGUUUGAAAAAGGCACGCAAGAGAUUACUAUUAGUGACUGUAACCAUUGUCUUCAAUUCUUUAAAGAAAACAAAAAAUCCUGAUGUUAGUUGAUUAAGUGAAAAAGGAAGGGCUGAGGAAUUGAUGGUAUGUAUGGGAUUGUGGAAGAAAGACUAGUGAGUAUGGGGGGUAGGGGUAUAGAAGACUUUGCGUCGGGACAUUUCAGAUCCUUACUACGCUACUGCUUCUCUACGAGCAUAUGAGGUGAAAACCAUGCUGUUGUAACUAUAUGGCAUGGGUGCAAUGAGGUCGUACAAUUUUGUUCGAAAGUUAUUUUCAUACGUACAUGAUAUGAUUCUGAAUGUUUACAAAACUGCUCACUGGACAAUCUGACAGAAUUAAACCGAUUGUUAUAAAUGCCGUAUUUAAACUAUAUACGUAAUCAUCCUCGGUGGCUCAACGUUAAGACUGAGGGUUUAUAACGUUAAAAUUCGGAUUUCGAUACCCGCUAUAGGCAGAGCACAGAUAACCCAUUGUGUAGCUUUGUACUUGCUUAACAAGAAACAAAUUAUACGAAUUGAUAUAAUCCUUAGAGUAAAUAAUAUCCAAAAUAAGAAGUGUUAGAAAAAUUGACUCGUGUUAUAAUUAUAUAUAGUUAAGGUUUUUGGUUGCUUUUAUACGCAAAAACACUGCUAUGUUGUUGUCAUGUUGUUAGUAUGAAUGCCCAAAACGAUCUUCUCUGUACACCCCAUGAAACAGUGAUAUCAUGAUGUAAUAACAUACGUAAACAGUUAAGUAAUAUUAAAUAUCUUUAAGCGGCCAGAAAAUAUUGCACCAUUGGCAGACCGAGCGUUUCUUACGAUGGUUUUAUGGAAAGUACAUUUUAACUGAAUGGCAUAUUGGAGAGAGGGGGGGGGGGUAGGGGGUUGGUGCGUGGAAAAAAAAUAUUAAUGGUAACAAAACAAUAUGUGAUGUGUUAUAUAAUAUAUAGUGUGGGCCAUAGCGUAUCCCCUCACACACACACACACACACACACGGAUAAACGAACGCCCUUUUCGCACUUCUUAUAUUUCUAUUACAUUAGUCUAGCUGGCAUCUUAUUCUGAACAACUGCAAUUUUCAUCUGAAAGAAAUAUGAAAUACUACUAGUACCCUUAAUAUCUUUAUUAGGUGAUUCACUCUUGCUUACCCCCCAGUGGCACAGCGGUAUGUCUGCGGACUUACAACGCUAGAAUCCGGUUUUCGAUACCCUUGGUGGAUAGCGCACAGAUAGCCCAUUGUGCAGCUUUGUGCUUAAUUACAAACAAACAAACACUAUUGCUCACUGUGUAUUAGCAUAUGUGUAACCAUGCUCAGGUUUUGAUGAGGAAGGUUUGUACUGAUUUGCCUUAAUAACCAUGCGAAAUAUUUUAUGAACGUUACAUUAUAAAAACAGUGAAAAUAUUCUAAUUAAUUUUUGCAAAUGAGUUGAAUGGUCUACGAAAAGAGCUUAUAAAUUGUUUGUCGUGUUAUCUUAUGGAGACAGAAACUAAAAUUAAAUGAAUAACUUUCAUCAUUAUGGAUUUAUGUUUUCCAUUCAAUAACUAGCAUUGCAACUUUUGAUAGCGCCAAUAUUAUCACUAUCAAUCUAACCAUCAACUUCUACGUAUUCUCUCUCUGUUAAUAUGUAGGUUUAAGCAGAUAAAAAUAUGUAUAAAUGACAAUGUUAAUUUAAUAUUUGACUUACGACAUAGAACUGUUAAUGGUAUCAUCUGGAUGACGCAUAAAAUUCUCUACCUUUAAAUAUAUAUAUAUAUAAUUUGCACUGGUGAACUUUGCUUCACAAUCUGUGUUCAAUUCAUAGAAGCAUAAUAGCGCUUGCAUUCUAAGUUUGAAAGAACAUCAAAUUUUGUUGGGAUAACAAAGCCAAAUAAAAUUUAUUUAGCCUAAUCUUGGAACAGAAAAAUAAAAUAUUUACCAACUUAUAACAGUAUGAAGUAUAGUCACUUUGUAGAUUUCUUACUGUAACCAAACCCUGCUUGUUUGUGAAGUAACACGUACGGCACUAACUUUUCACUAGUAGGCAUAUUCCCAGGCUCGUUUCUGGGAGAGAACUAUUCACUUUCCAACUGAUCUGAUGUUUGACGGUCAACUGUAACAGUGCAGUUCUGUUUAUAUUCUAUAUACAAAUGUGAUACUUUCGUUACUCCACACCUACCACUUAUUAUUUUUUGAAAAUAAUUGUUGCCUUUCCAUAUUUCUUUUUAUUACACAUACGUUUAUAUAUUCUGUCCGUACACCUUUUCUAAAAUAAAGCAUCUAUUCAUAUGUAGAGCUAUAGAAAUAUUAAAUAAUGUGUUGUAGACUUAAAUCUCUUACUGGUAAUUAGCUAAUUGAAAUAGACCAUGUAAUGAAUUUUAAAGCAAAAAUUUUGCCUAUUAACGGCUAUUUUUAUUCAUGUGUUUUUCUCCAACUUGUCUCAAAAGCUUGCUUUCAAAUAAAUGCUUGUAUGUUUGAUAUUCAAUUAAUAUUGAUAUUUUUAUUCGACUUGAUGACAAAUAAAGUUGGAUUUUCUUCUUCA